UUAACCUCCCUGUUAGCAAAGUUAUUCAAACAUGUCCUCAAAAUUAAUGGCGACGAGUACGAACUUGACUCGCUGUCUGGUUUACAACGAAGCAGUGAGAGGUUCCUUUCAGAUGGUAGAUCUCCAUUCAACAUUCUUGUUGAUAAGGAGUUUGAGAUGUCUCUUAAGUUCUAGCAACCAAAAGGAAAAGUUUAGUCUGGAAAGUCGGCAAAGGGAACAGGCCAAACCCCAACCACGUGGUGACAGAUGGUGAAGAAGGUAAACUCUUUAAAAGUGGCCAGUUCGGAACUUUCUAUCCUGAGGACCUCCAGAGAAUCAUGUGGUGGUUUUUGUCCCUCUACGUCGGU